CAGAGAGCAAAAAUAAACAGAGAAGAAUCGAGAGAGUGAAAGAGAGAUCUAGUGAUGGGGUGCGACUCACAUGGCAAUCUAAGCGACACAGAGUUCAGCAAACCGUUGCCGUCGAUAGGUAUAUACGUGGCUGCCGCUUCACUGAUCUGUGGAGCUGCCAUGUUUGCAGAUCUUCUUCACGGAAUCCGUCACCGGAAGUUUUGGUUUCCUUGCAAAUUCUUCUCACUCAACGCCACAACUCUCACUUUCAUAUCCGUCUGUGUCAAACUCUCUUUGGAUCUCAACACUUCCAUGCCAAGUCGCCAAGAUCAGCUCGCUAAACUCAGCAGCAGCGUUUUCUUCUGCACCGUGAUGGCUAAUUCCAUGCCUUCUCUUGGUUUCAUGGUCACUCAAGACAUCGUCAUGAACCUCAUGGCUUUAGGGAUUCUGGUCGUCACCGACGUUGUCAACAUCUGUAUCCAAUUGGGUACAGGUGCAAUCUACGUUUUCCCACAAGAACACGCGCUCGUUAUUGUUAUCAUGUUUCUAAUGUUUAUGAUCUUGAGCUUCUCUGCUAUCACAGUUCCCUCCACAAAGCGUUUCUUAGAGCUCAAGUACAAGAAAAAGUAUGUGUUCGCUUUGAAGCAGUGUCCUUCGUAUACAGAGAGAAGAAGAGGCGUUCCUGAGCUGAAAGAAGAUCUGAUGAAAUUCUGGAUGAUGGCUCACACUUCUAGCCCUCAGUUUGUGAUGGCUCGCUCUGUUACUUGCACCACCUCUGGUUUCCUCUGUUUCUUGAGUGCAGUCACGUUGACUGAAGCCAUGGUCCGGUCUUACUUUCUUCAACCCCGGUCACUUAGGUUCUGUAAUGGAAACUCUGACUACAAAUGGUCAACCACUUUGGUUUUAGUCUCCCAGACAGCUGCAGUAGCCAUAGGAACCGUUGCUCCGGCGACCAGAUGGGUUAAUGCAGUGAACUUGAGGUGUCCAUCAAGAGCAAAUAAAAUUUUGAGAGAUGAGUUGAGAGUAGAGAGUUAUUGGGUAGAAUGUCUCACUGAGAAGAAAGAAAGUCCCUUGAAACUUUGGAUCUUCCAUGGUCGUCGCAGCAGGAAGCUUGCACACGACUUAAACCGUUGGAUACUUGAUGUUUGUAUUGCGACACAGUAUGGGAUCGUGUUGGCAAGCAAGCUUCUCCGUUUCAUCACGGUCUACUUUGUGAGUAGAAUCUUGCUAUGUUGUUAUAUUUUCAGAAUCAGUUCUAUCUCAAACGCUGGCUCAUCCUCGGGAUCAAAUUCUUCAGCGAGACGAUUUGUUCUGUAUCUUGAAGGAGAGGAGGAGCUGGUUGAUUAUAUGGCACGGAGCAACCGUGAGGCCACAGACCACUUGAUCCAAAAGGGUCGGAAGAAACAACCCAUAUGCUUGAUAGAGCUCUUAGAAGCACGUAGCCAAAUCUCAAAAGGAUUUGAAGGGAUUAGAGAUUUUGACAGCGACGAGGUCGCUUCACUAACUUCUGGAGAGCCACCUAAUUGUUGGGCGCUUCCACUAGUAACACUAACGAGUAUCGCUGUUGCUCUUCCAAAAAUCAAGCCUUGCUCUUUAAAGAAGUUAUUGAAGGCUGUAAAUGAGGCAUUGUGCUAUGUCAAAAAGUUUGAAGACGUCUUAGACAUUGAAGGAGAGUUAGUUAACAGCAGGAAAGCUGCAGAAGUAGUUUGGUUAGGAGUUGAUCUCUACCACAAAUGGCUCAACGUGGAUCUCCGAAAACUAUCCAAGCAACAUGAAACAACAACAACACCAGAAGAAGUUCUUAGAGAGCUAGUGGAUAUAGCGAAGAAAGAGUUUACAGAGUCGUGGCAGAGCAAUCUCAUAUUUUGCAUGACGCAUAAGCCUUCGCACUGGCCCAUCAAGACUCUAGCAGCAAACUCGAUGUACCGAAUAAGCCAAACCCUUUUGGAGAAAUAUGAAUCAAGAAACAUUGGAACAGAGGAUACUCUGUUGAAAGAUGUGGAAAGAAUGGUAUCGGACAUAGUCGCAGGAUGUUUUUGCAACACGGCACAGGUAAUAGGAAUGAAGUGUUUGGUGACAGCAGUGGAAGUGAGAGAAGCGUCGGUGAGAGAAGCGGCAAUGCAUCUAGGGAGAACAGAGAAGAUACUUGAGAUUGUGGACAGGAGAUGCAUGCCUGCUUUGCCUCAUCACAAAGUGGCAAAGAUUGAUGAAUGGAGAGAGUUUUAUAGAACCAACGAAGCCAUCUCUUUCACUCAUCCUUCGUCUCAAUGUACUACCCGUGAACUUGUUCUCACCUUAGAUUAACAUUUUAAUGUCUAAAUAGUU